AUGACUGCGAACGCUCUCCUCCAACCCCUCCAAGUUGGAGCCAUCAUGCUGAAGAACCGAGCCGCUAUGUCCGCCAUGACGAGAAAUCGUGCACCGAAUGGUUACCCAUCAGAUUUAAUGAAGGAAUACUACGUCCAACGUUGUGGUGCUGGACUCAUCGUCACAGAAGGGCUCUUGAUCACUCGGCAAGGUACCGACCACCUCAACGCACCUGGCAUCUGGGACGACAAACAUGUCGCGGGUUGGAAGGACAUUGUCGACGCCAUUCACAAAGCAGGUAGCAAAAUUUAUGCCCAACUUUGGCACCUCGGGCGCCUAUCCCAUCCCGAAGCGCAGGAGCAGAUACUCGCUGGAGAACCAGUCUAUGGGCCGUCUGCAAUCGCUGCACGAGGGGGUAAAUUUCGCGACGUACCCGGUUCACCUGGAUUUGUUACGCCCACGGCCAUUGAAGACCCUUGGACUAUUAUUGCGCAGUACAAGCAGGCAGCCAUAAAUGCAAAAGAGGCUGGUUUCGAUGGAGUCGAACUUCACGCAGCAAAUGGUUAUUUGGUGAUGCAGUUCCUUGACAACACGUCCAACAAACGGACGGAUGAGUGGGGAGGCAGCGUCGAAAAUCGUUGUCGUUUCGGCCUAGAGGUCUUCAAAGCGCUCAUUGAGGUCUUCGGGCAAGACGUCGGGGUCAAGCUGAGCCCCGCAGGUGGAUACAACGACGUUGGGAUGCCGCUCCGAGACACUCUCGACACGUACUCGUAUUUUAUCACCGAGGCGGACAAGUUAAAUCCUGGGUAUAUUGUGCUAGUACGCUAUUCCUCGAUAACCGACGAACAGUUCGAUGGUGUCUUACGUGCGACUCGACACGACGUUUUCAAGUCAUACCGACACCUGAUAAAGAACGCCAAAGUUUUUCUAAACUCCGGAAUUUCUCCAGAAGAAGGCCAUCAACUCGUGUCUGAGGGAAAGGCGGACGGCGUCUUCUUUGGCUUUAGCUGGCUCACUCAUCCCGACCUUGUCGAACGCAUUAAACGCGGAUAUCCCUUAGAUAAUGCCCCUGACUUCCUACGCCUUAUACCAGAGGAUGGCGAGCGGGAUUGGAGUAAAGGUUAUGUUGAUUACCCUGCAUACGCUCAUUGA